AUGUAUAUAAAUAAUGGGAUAACACUUGGAAGUAUUGAACGAAUUAUUAUAAAAUGGAAUAUAUCAGAAGUUAACAUACCAGUUAUUGUGCAACUUAGAUUAAUAUUUUCUAAAACUGAAGAGAAAAUAUAUUCUCUAAUAUUGGAUUAUCUCCAUCUUCUAAAUGGAAAAGUUUGUAAUAAAAAGAUUGAUUGUACUAUAUGUAAAUUGAUUAAAAAUGAAUUUUUAGAUGAAGAUAUAAACGAAAAGAGAUAUUCAUUAACAUUAGGGACAAGUUCAAAAUAUUUUUUGAAUAAUUAUAAAGAAUAUAAAUUAGGCGAUAAUAUUAAACUAAUUUGGGAUAUUAAAUCUGAAGAAAUCCAUUGUAAAUCUAUUGGUAUAUUAUCACGUAGUACAUUUUCAAGUUUUAUAUUUCCAUCUUCUAUUUUUAAAUUAUCAAAUGUAAAAUAUAUGAUACUUAUAUUAAAUGCAACAAAUGGUCAUAAUAUUUGGAAUUCAGAACAAUUUACAAUAGAUCAACUUAGUAAAGUUAAUGAUAUAGAUAAACUAAACAAUAAUAUUGAAGAUUAUAUUUAUAAUAAUAAAUAUAAAGUAUUAGUAACUACUAGUAAUAAAUCUAUAUAUUAUUUAUCUUUAAAUGACAGUAAUAUUAAUGAUAAUAAUUUGAAUGGUAAUAAUGAAAAGAUUUUGGAUAAAAGGAAAUUUUCAAGUAAAAUUUUGAUCGAAAAAAGCUUAAAACUCCACAAAAUAUUAAAAUCUUAUAGAAAUGAAUUAAUAAAUAUUAGAGAAAAUAAAGAGAAAUUUAAUAAGAAAUUAGAUAAUUUUGUAGAUAAUUUAGAUAAUAUGACUCUUAUUAAACAUGAUCAUAAUAAAAAAAUAAGUAAAAAGAGUACAAAUGAUAAUAACUUUUCUAAAGAUACAAAUAUUGAAGAAUAUCAAGAAAAUUCUAGUUAUCCAACUAUAUAUAAACCAAUAUUAUUUAGUCCACUAAUACAUGAUGAAAUAUUGUCAAAUAUUAAAGAGUUAGAAGAAGUAUGGAAAAUGAAGAUAAUGGAAUGUACAAAGUUAAGACGUUUUAUAUCAUUACAUAUAAAAUCUUUUAUUAAUAUUUUAUAUAAUCAAAUUUAUCCAAUUAAAGUACAAUAUAAAACAGGAUGGCUUAUGAUUAGGGAUGUACCAUUACCUCCAAUAAAUGUAUUAAAUAAUUUAGAUACUAAAGAACAACCAGGAAUAUCAAUAGGUCUUGGUUAUUGUUUACACUAUUUAGAUAUAUUAUGUAAGAUAUUUCAACUAUCUUUACCAAUAAAACUAAAAAUUCAAUGUUCUUUUUGUUUUGUUGAUAAUUAUCCUUUAUACUGUCAUCCAGAUAUAAUGAAGAUGGACUUUAUUCAAGCUUUAAAUAUAUUAAAGAAGGUUUUCACUAAUGACAUAGUGAAUGCUUUAUUAGAUGAUUCAAAUACAUAUUUUAAUACUCAAUUAUUGGAUAAGAAUUAUAAUUUAUUUAUAUUUAUCUUAAAGAUUAUCAGUCUAAUAAAGUUACGAGAUAAUUAA